AUGGGUGGUGUGUGGAAGGAUAAUCCUACUGAGGUUGCUGAUGCCUUUCUAGAAUAUUACAAGCAUCUUUUGGGGAGUAAACAUGAGUCUAUAACUCCCGUUUUGAAAAAGGUGGUGCAAUUAGGUCCUGUGUGCCAAGCUCACCACAAAGCAAUUCUGAAUGCAAACUACACUACAGAUGAAGUUAGGGCUGCUCUUUUCUCUAUUCCAGGAGCAAAGGCACCUGGUCCAGAUGGUUUUGGUUUUCAUUUUUACAAAGACUCUUGGCACAUUGUUGGAGAUGAAGUUGUUGCUGCUGUUCUUGAUAUGCUGCAGCAUGGUAAAAUUUUAAAGGAGCUGAAUCAUACAGUCCUGUGUGGAAGGCUCAGACAGGUGUUGCCAGACCUUAUUCUUGAAAACCAAGGGGGUUUUGUUCAUGGUAGGUUCAUUGUUCAUAAUAUAAUGGUUGUUCAGGAUAUGGUGAGACAGUAUGGAAGGAAGGGAGUGAAACCUAGUUGUCUCAUGAAAAUUGAUUUACAAAAAGCAUAUGACACUGUUGAUUGGCAGUUUCUCCAGGAAAUGUUAGAGCACUUGGAUUUUCCAUAA